AUGUUUGGCGGCACCGGGAGCGCUGGCGGCGGCUACGGCGAGGGCGGCGAGGGCUACGGGCUGGGCUACGUGGGCGGCGGCCGGCUACAGCAGUACGCGCAUUUCGCACCCCACCAGAACGUUUGGCACCACCACCACGCCGCGCACCACGACUCAUACGGUAGUGGAAGUGUGGGCAGCGUGGGAGGAGUCAGCGGCGUAGGUGGCGCCCUCUAUGGACAGAACGUGGUGAUGGGAUCAUGGUGCGCGCCAUACGACGCACUACAGCGUCCCCCUGCCUACGAUGGCGUGCUGGAGGCGUAUGAGGAGGGCCGCGAGUGCGUGAACUGCGGCGCGAACAACACGCCUCUGUGGCGACGCGAUGCCACCGGCCACUACCUGUGCAACGCGUGCGGCCUCUACCACAAGAUCAACGGAGUGAACCGGCCGCUCGUGAAGCCCAGCAAGCGGCUGUCGGCAGCGAGGAGACACGGUCAAUGCUGCACCAACUGCGGUUCUCGCAACACGACGCUGUGGCGCCGAAACAACGACGGCGAGCCCGUUUGUAACGCCUGCGGACUGUACUACAAGCUCCAUGGCAUCAACAGACCGCUGGCAAUGAGGAAGGACGGCAUACAGACUAGAAAGAGAAAGCCGAAAAAGUCAGCAAACGGUACGAAGCCUCCGCAAGAAACGGUCAAAAAAGAUGACCACAGCUCACCAGGAAUUGAUGAGAGCAAAGUGAACGCGACGGAGGUGUCGAUGGCGGGGGGGGCGCGGGGGCGCGAGGCGGCGGGCGCGGGCGCACACACACAGGCGCAGGCGCAGGCGCACGCGCACGCGGCGGCACACACACACGCGCAGGCGCAGGCGCAGGCGCACGCACACACGCAGGCGGCCGGGCAGCAGUACGCGCUGGGCGCGGCGCCCGCCUUCCUGUCGAGCCCGGCGCUCUUCAACAUCAAGAGCGAGCCCAGCGCGCCCUACGACGCCUACGCGCACGCCGCGCCCUACCCGCAGCACCACUACCUGCACGCGCUGCAGUAUGGAUUAGGCAAUGGUGAGGAAGAGGAAGGCAGCGGAUUCCUGCACCAGCGUAACGUGACUGCACACGCAAAACUCAUGGCGUCCACGUAG